AUGGCCACCUGGGUCUAUCCUCUGAUAUCUCCUGAGCGGCUCAAGCUCGAAGAGGAAGAACCACUGAUCAAACUCUCACACGCUCUCCGGGACGACUCCUCCGGCUUCAGCCCCCUAGACCGACUCUUCGGGCCAGGCCACAAGAUGCUCACACACGAUGAGACGGGCGAGGCGUUCAUGUGGCGCGGGGGGGAGGAAGUCAACGUGCGGGAGAAGGUAAAGGUCGAGAGCGGGGAUCCGAGUAUGAUCAGCGUUGCGCGAAGUUGA